CUUCAACGCCGGUUACGUAAAAUUAUGUACGUUUAAUUUGCUUCAGUUUGCAGUUUUAAUUCAGUUUUCUUCCAUCAAUUUAAAUUUAGUCGAUUCAAAUAGUUCAUCAUCUUCUCUUCAUUCAACCAGAAUAAGUUACAGACAAAAAAUGUCAAAAGAUAACGGGCUUUCGAAAAAUGGGACGCGACAUAUUUUGCAAGAUUUACUUUGUUCCACGGUUCGUUUGCAAAGGACAAAUUUUCUUCCCCCAACGCAAUACGAUCACAGGUUUUCAGUGAAAAUUGAGGGGGAUAUUUCAUCCCCAGAAUUAAGGUCGUGCUCGAUUUGUUCCGAAUCGAUAAAUCUGCGUCCUCUCGCUCUCCAAGAAAUGGAAGUUCUUGCCAAAUUCGUCCUAAGUCAGGAGCAAAUUUCCCUCAUUUUACAAACUGACGAUCAUCCUCCAAUACUUUGUUGCAAAAUUUGCUCCUCCGUGAUCCUCUCCUUGGCCAAGUUGUCCACGCAGAUCGAAAAUAUUACGAUUUCUCUGCGUGCCGUGAUUUCCAGUAGGAACGGACUUUUUCAUAAAUUGCGAAAUGAAUCCAAAAUUAGUGCGACCGACAAUAACUCUCCUGCCGAACAAAUUCCUCAAAAUGAUGAUGAUGACCAACAAUUAACUGGAUGGAUUGAGGUAGAAGAAGAAUUCUCCGUAAAAGUCGAGCCUAUCACCGAUAACAUUGACGAUAAGACCGGCGAUCCCACGCCUGAUCCUCUUUACGAACCGGACACGUCAGAAAGUGAGGACGGCGACUCGGACUCAGACCCAGUCAUUGCAAAUUCCGAUGUCAAGCCUGAAUCAAAAUUUGCGUGCAAAAUAUGCCUACCUAACGUCACAUUUUCCAGGGGUGACCAUUACAGGCGCUACGUGGAGAACAAGAAUAUUCAUCCCGACAUUUCGGAUUCUAGUUUUGCUCGCGUGCAGGCUCGAUUAGCAUCAAAAAAAUUUGCGUGCGAUGAAUGUGACAAAAGGUUCACGUACCUCGAAAACCUCUUGCGCCACAUGAGAAACAAGAAUAUUCAUCCCGACAUUUCCGACGCUGAAAUUGCCGCCGUAGCAAAGAAAAACUUUACAAAUUGUGAACCUUUCGCCAAACCUGAGUUAAAAUUUGAAUGCAAAAUAUGCCAGCCGAACGUCACGUUUCUUAGGUAUCACAACUACAAGGGGCACAUGACGGACAAGAAAAUACAUCCUCCCGCGGCAAUAAAACGAGCCAAACGACUAAAAAAGAAGCCAUAUCCUUGUCCAAAAUCUACCAAGAGGUUCACCUCGUGCUACAACUUAAACCGACAUAAGCAAACCUUCCACGACUUGGCUCCUUUUCAACGGAAGUGCACCCUGUGCCCGGAAGUCUUCAACCGCUUUUUCUUAUUUGAAAGGCACAUGCGCAAGUGUCACGAUGUCCCAGUUGAAGCAAGUUCCAGCAAAGAAGAGCGGCAUUCCUGCGCAAUAUGCCCAAACAUCUUUUCCUCAUCGUCAAACAAGACUCGUCACGUGGAACUGGCCCAUUUCCCGGACAAGACGUCCUGUCCGUAUGGAUGCGAAACCAAGAUUGUCUCGGAGGCUGCCUGGGUGAAGCAUUUGGAGGGGUGUGACUCACCAAAAACGAGUAAAGAAUCGGAAAUCACGUGCAGAUUUUGUCCCGCCGUGUUUCGCGACAUCCUCUUGGAGAUAGAACAUCGCCUGCGCGUGCAUCCCAAGCAGACGUGCACCUGUUCAAUUUGUAAGGCAAGAUUUACUCGUCAAUCUAUACUUAAUGAUCACCGUUGUCCUGGCUGAAAAUCAAAACUGGAACUAUGUGUCUGACUUCUGGUUUAAAAGUUCUUUAUUUUUAAAGCGUCUUUAAUUCUUCCCGAUUUCCCAUUCCAUUUUUUCAUUUUGUAUUUAUUUAUGUGUAUUUAUUCAUAAUUUGCUGAAAAUAUGUACGUAUUUGACAAUAAAAAUUUCAUUUGCUCUGAAACCAAAUUAAGAUUUCCCAGUCCACCGUGAAUGAAAUUUCAAAAACGAAUUUGCAGAUGCUGAUUGUGUAAUGCAGGACGCGUAUGCAAAUUUUUUCGUAAGAGUUUUUUUUGAAGCUUUAUUAAGGUGUCUAAAAAGUUCACAGCUACAGGACAUGCUCUCCCACAAGUGACACAUAUUUUUAAACAACUAUGUAUCUAACUAAAUAUAUCUACAAAUUAUCCGACUAACUAAAUAUAUACUCAUUCUAUUA